AUGGCGGCGCGGGGGGUGGCCUGGCGGGGCGGUCACGUGGUGGGGAGUAGCGCGCGAGCCUCCUUAAGUGAUCUCUAUGGUUCGUCCGGACUCACUGGAGCAGCGGAGCGCGAGACGCGGCGUGUGUCCACGCGCGCCGAGCUGCCGCCGCCGCCGCCGUCACCCAUCCCGCCGCCCGGGAGCGCGGCGCCGGUGGGGGCCCUGCCGCCGCCCAGCCCCCACCGCCGGCCGGGCAGGGAGGGGCGCGGGCGGCACAGCCCUAGGACGUCGCGGGAGCGCGGCGGGGACGGCCGGGCCGGCGGCGGGCGAAGUGCGGGAGCGCUGCCCGCCGCCUCUCGGGGCCGUCCGGGUCCCCUAGUCGUCUGCUGCGCUUUUGCCGCCCGUUUCCUGGUCUCGAGUGGCCCGGGGGGCCGCGUCCCCUCGGGGCGGCGGACGGAGCGGCUGCCUCCGCCAGGAGCCCUCCACACCUUUUCUCUUUCCAGAGCGGCGGGUUACGUAGAGAACGCCGGCCCUGCCUGCCCCGGGCGCCGGCGCCGUGGUGAUUCCCGGGGCGCGCCCGGUGCGGCCGAGCGGCGCGGCGCUGGGCGGGGUCACCGGGCGCGGCGGGGAAGGGCAGGGGCGCCGGGCCGACGUCGGCGGCCAAGGAAGGACGGAGGAGUGCCGGAGCCGCUUCGCUCGCCUCAGCGUGGUCCGGUGCCUCCCGACACCAUGGCCCUGGCUGAGGUAGUAGUUUGUGCUGUUGGUCGGGUUGUGACAUUGCCCGCUGUGGAGAUAACUGCGCAAGCUACUGCCUUGCUAGUGCUGGUGAUGCUCAGCGCCGCGGAGGACAAUGACUGGGAAUCCCCUUUGUUUUCCGGGGCGCAGGGGCAACCCUCGGAGCCCCGGCCCUGCUGCUGCCACGGAAACCGUUACUUUUGCAUUUUCCUGGAGAGAGGGAAGGGAUUGCGGGAGCCGGGUGGACCGGGGCGUUUUUAAACGGGGGAAGAGCUAAAUCUUUGGAUUCGCUGUUUGCUUAUGAAGGAAGGAAUGAAAUUGUGUGCGAUAUUGACACAUAACUUUUUCACCCUAAAUAAUUUUAACGCUUUUUUCAGUAGUUGAUGCAAAAUUGAGUUUGUACCUCUUUCAUCUCGUUUCUUAGCUGUAGGUCAGAGUGGAGUGAGGUAUCUUGUGCAGAACUGGCAUUGGGGGCAGAAUAGUAGACCCAUUAAUUAUAAAGUUUAUGCCUUAACAUUUUAAAUCUUUUUUUGAUACACUUCAUCGAUAAGUUUAAGAGUUGUAAAGAUGUAAAUCCAAAGCAAUUAAAAGUUUGUUUAAACUUUGUUGCAGCUCCUUGAAUGAGAAGAUUGAAUUUAUAGUUCAGUGCACUUCUGAGAUUUUAUAAUGUAUGAGGCAAAUAAACUCUUUCUACAGUGUGCUGUGUUUUCUUUCUUUUUAGUUUAACUUUGGGGGCUCAUUCUGCUGGUGUGGUCGGGUUUUUUGGCCUUUGAUUGUCAUGUUAUAUGGUAAUUACAUCGUAUUUUAGUGUGGAAGGAAAGGAUUUAGGUACAGGCUAAAAGUAUGGUUUCUGGAUGUUUUGAAUUUAAAACCUAUAAUGCCUGUUUUGAUUCGUGAAGUACCACUACAAAUAGGAAAAUACCAUUCUUACAAAGAAAAAGUGUAGUUUGGGUAAUUGAUAUUUUAAAUACUCUGAAGUCUGGGUGGAAGAGAUGAUUGUAUUUUUGAAAUUUUAAUGUCAGUGAGAAACUGAUGGUAAAUUUUAACACUGAGAAAACUGAUCUGGUUUUGAUUUGUGCAGGAUAAUUAGCUUUGAAUGUGAUACAAUCACAAGCAUCCUAUGGCUUAAUUUUUGAUGCACAGUUUAAAAAAAGGCGUCUGCUAAGAAAAAAGUGCAUAUAAGGAGAAAAAAUUUGAAAGCCAACUGUAUCCUUUUUGUCUCCUUCAGCAGGAGUUUGAUGCUUUCAUAAUUCAGAAGUGAUCUAAUAAGAGUGCUUUGAUUUGGUUUGGUUUAGCUUUGAGAGAUAGCUCGCUCAGGCUGAUCUCAUCUGGAUAGAGCUGCCUCAUUGUGGGAAGGACAGUGCAGAACCUUAUGUUGAAUCUUAAGAUGCAGAAAAUAGUUGAAUGUUGGCUCUUUGAGUUUGCUUUCUUGAUAUCAAAGAGUAAAGUAAAUGCAGGACUUCAUUAAGUGUCAGUUCUUUUAAAUGGUGAAGAUCUGGGUGCUCUGUCAAGUCUUGAUUUAUGGAGAAACUAAUAAAAUUCUAAUUAGUGUAUGAUUUUCAUUUUCCAAAGGACUUCAUUUAGCCAGCCAAGCUAAUCCUCGCCCAACAGAGGUCAUCUUUCCCACUACACUAUGUAACAGUUUAUAGAGGAUCAACAGUUGUUAAUUUGUACCCCAAGUAUUACAGAUUCUGCCAGUAAUUUACUGCACUUUUAAGGAUAGGAAGCUGUGCUAUGUAGAUAAAUUAUUCAGUUUAUCCCCUGCUUUUAAAGUAAAUUUCACCCAAGACUAUAUUGCCCACAUAGUAGGAACAUUUUGAAUGUAGAGGUACUUUAUAUAUUAUUAUUAUUUGCUAAAUUAUAAGAGAAAAUACUGCCCCAGCCAAUGUAUUUUUAGUACCAUAGUUAUAUUUCUGCUCUAAUCUCCAAUUUAAAAAAUUAGCCUUUCACUUUUGCAUUUGUUGUUUACAUUUCUCUACACACAGGUGAAAAUUACCUACUGAACAUUUUUACUGUUGACAAUUUCCUACAAGAUGAGUUUGCCUUAUCAGUACAACUUUCCAAUCUUUGACAUUUACUUGGCACAGUUAACUUUUUUGUUGACCUGUUGUCAAGCAUUUAAGUAAUUUGUAGUAGCAAAAAGCCACUAAUGAGAAAGAAUAAGGCAGUAUUUUGGGUGUUCUUUUCAGUAAGUAGCAGACCAAAGGAAAGCUGGGUUAUGGUAAUAACAUUUUAAUAAGUGUUACCCUCAGUUACUGGAAAUACGGAUGCUAUUGUGUAUGGGACACCUAGGGAAGAUGUGUGGGUAACAGUUUUACUUCAUGCCCCAUAGUCAGAAUUUCUAAUUGUUAAUCUUAUAUAUAAAAACUUUGUUUAUAAGCUAUUUAAACAUAAAAUUGCCUUUUGGCAGGUGGGCCAGGGUAGACUGUCUUGUAGGGUGGCCCCAAAAGAAUUCUUGCCAGAGGAACCUGACAGCAGAGAUGAUUAGCUCUUCAGUGUAUGCGAAUAAGGUGCCAAGAAGGCUGUGAAAUUUCUUCACAAUUACCCAUUCUUUUCCCUUACUGUAUGUUACACACCACCCCCUCCAUAGUUUAAAAAA